AGUUCUCAUUUAGAGUCUCCCAGUACCGAUGAGCAUCUCUAUCACUCCUCAACAGGUUCCUUCUACUAUUACACAGACCACCGCUGGGGCUACAUACUACUCUACUCAGCCGACAGUUGGCUCUACUUACUACACUAAUCAACCUGCAACUACGUCCUCCGUUGUCCCGCCAUCUGGUCCUAUGAUUGAUGAGAAGAUAGUCAUGAAGCAGAAAGAGAAGGCUCUUCGAGAGUUGGAGUCUCGCGUGAAGCUUGCCUUGCAACAGCACGAUCAGAUGUAUCAGCUCCAGAAGUCCCACAUCAACGCCGAUCAUGACAGACAGAUGGAAUACACUAAGGGAACUAUUGAGAAGGAGCGACAAGCUGCCCUUUUCGAUCUCGAGGGCCAGUACCAGACUAACAACAGAGAUUUAGAGCAGGCUGCAAUUCAACAGCGCAUGCAGAUCGAGACUACCGCGAUGCAGCUCGAUAUCCAGGCUCAUCAACAGAAGAUGGUUCAAGAGCAUCAAGAGCGUGAGCGCAAGUGGACUGGUCAGGUCGCUGGUAUCCCUCCUGCUGCAUACCCUGGCGCUCCGGUUAGCUAUCCUUACUACACAGCUCAGCAAUCGGGUAACGUCAUAUACAGCACGAUCCAACAACCCAGCACUGGUGCCUCUCCUGCUCCCCAGUGAGCUAGAAGCGUAUGAGGGUGUUAUUGUACGGUCGAAGAAGUCUUUGCUUGUUUCAGUAACUUGUCAAAGCGAGACCCACACAUAACGUUCGAUUUCAGCAUG